CAUGGUGGCCGAGGGGCUGCGGCAGCUGUACUCGCAGAAGCUGCUGCCCCUGGAGGAGCACUACCGCUUCCACGAGUUCCACUCGCCGGCGCUGGAGGAUGCGGACUUCGACAACAAGCCGAUGGUGCUGCUCGUGGGCCAGUACAGCACGGGCAAGACCACCUUCAUCCGGCACUUGAUCGAGCAGGACUUCCCGGGGAUGCGCAUCGGGCCCGAGCCCACUACCGACUCCUUCAUCGCGGUCAUGCACGGCCCCACCGAGGGCGUGGUGCCGGGUAACGCGCUCGUCGUGGACCGGCGGCGGCCCUUCCGCAAGCUCAAUGCCUUCGGCAACGCCUUCCUCAACAGGUUCAUGUGCGCCCAGCUGCCCAACCCGGUCUUGGAUAGCAUAAGCAUCAUCGACACGCCCGGGAUCCUGUCCGGGGAGAAACAGCGCACCAGCAGAGGGUAUGACUUCGCGGCUGUCCUGGAGUGGUUUGCCGAGCGGGUCGACCGCAUCAUCCUGCUCUUUGAUGCCCACAAGCUGGACAUCUCCGACGAGUUCUCCGAAGUCAUCAAGGCCCUCAAGAACCACGAGGACAAGAUGCGGGUGGUGCUGAACAAGGCCGACCAGAUCGAGACCCAGCAGCUGAUGCGGGUGUACGGGGCCCUCAUGUGGUCCCUGGGGAAGAUCAUCAACACUCCCGAGGUGGUCAGGGUCUACAUCGGCUCCUUCUGGUCCCACCCCCUCCUCAUCCCCGACAACCGCAAGCUCUUUGAGGCCGAGGAGCAGGACCUCUUCAAGGACAUCCAGUCUCUGCCCCGGAACGCUGCCCUCAGGAAGCUCAACGACCUGAUCAAGAGGGCCAGGCUGGCCAAGGUUCACGCCUACAUCAUCAGCUCCCUCAAGAAGGAGAUGCCCAAUGUCUUCGGUAAAGAGAGCAAGAAGAAAGAGCUGGUGAACAACCUGGGAGAGAUCUACGCCAAGAUCGAGCGGGAGCAUCAGAUCUCCCCUGGCGACUUCCCAAGCCUCCGCAAGAUGCAGGAACUGCUGCAGAGCCAAGACUUCACCAAGUUCCAGGCCUUGAAGCCCAAGCUGCUGGACACAGUGGACGACAUGCUGGCCAACGACAUCGCCCGGCUGAUGGUGAUGGUGCGCCAGGAGGAGUCCCAGAUGCCCUCGCAGGUCGUCAAGGGCGGUGCCUUCGACGGCACCAUGAAUGGGCCCUUCGGGCACGGCUACGGCGAGGGGGCCGGGGAAGGCAUAGAUGACAUCGAGUGGGUAGUAGGCAAGGACAAGCCCACCUAUGACGAGAUCUUCUACACACUGUCGCCCGUCAAUGGCAAGAUCACGGGCGCCAACGCCAAGAAGGAGAUGGUGAAGUCCAAGCUGCCCAAUACGGUGCUGGGGAAGAUCUGGAAGCUGGCCGAUGUGGACAAGGACGGGCUGCUGGACGACGAGGAGUUUGCCCUGGCCAACCACCUCAUCAAAGUCAAGCUGGAGGGCCAUGAGCUGCCCGCCGACCUCCCCCCACACCUGAUCCCACCCUCCAAGCGGAGGCUCGAGUGACCAGCCGGCCCCGUGCGUCCAGCCAGCAGAGACGGGGGGCGGGGAGGGUCGCCGGUUCUCGAGGUCCAUAAAGACUGAGUGGCUGUCUCCUCGGCUCUUGAAAAGGAAAA